AAACUUUCAAACGGUAUCGUGUCCCCCAAACCAUCACUCUCUCACUCACUCCGUCGCACUACUUCGUCUUUCUCUCUCUACAAAAUCCACACUAUAAUCUGUAAACAACCCCGUCCAUGGAAGCUAACUCCGAUACAGACCCGAAACUCAACUCGAAGGAGACCUCGAGCCCGGACCCGAAACCCUACGAGGAAAUCGAAGAUGGCGAGGAGACAGAACAGGAGGAGGAGGAGGAGGAAGAAAAAGACAACGACUCCGAAGCCAUGACUCCAGAGACCCGAAUGCGGAUGGACCAGGCCCGCAUGGACUCCCUACUCAGUCGUCUCUCGACGGACCAGGUCCCCGUCCGGGUACAUGACAUCAUCAUCAAGGGGAACAGGAGGACCAUGGACUCCGUCAUCGAGGCGGAGGUCGAGUCGCUUUUCAGGGAAGCUUCUAGCUUCCAGAAUCUUGUACGCGCCGCCAGUGUUGGCAGCGAACGGCUGCGGAGUCUCGAGAUUUUCGAUUCGGUCAGUAUUACCCUUGACGCGGGCCCGCCGGAGUUGCCAGGAACUGCUAACAUCGUCAUCGAGGUUUCUGAGGCGUACCCAUUUUUCGGAAAAGUUGGUGUUAGAUCAAGGCCUGAGUUCUUUACUAGCGUUUCUGUUGUUUGCAUCUGUGAGUUAAUCGCUGCUUGGAGUUUGGAAUUUGUCGUUAUGGAGUUCAUUGCGAUUAGGUUGGUGUGUAUAAGGUGGGUUCUAUCUGUAGCUUCGGUUGUAACGGCGAGAACUUGGUCACUAGAAGCAUUUGGCAGGCUGAAGAAUCUGUUCGGUUAUGGAGAUCUAUGGGAUGCUUCUUUGGGUUAUGCCUGGGGUCAAGCAUUGGAAGUCAGCACAGGAAUUCUUUUGCCCAGGUUCAAAGGAAUUCCAAAUCCAUUGUCCGCAAGAAUAUCUAUGCUUUCCCAGGACUGGAUGAAGUUUUCUUCGUAUAAAGAGCAAGUCCUUGGCCUCUCACUCGGUCUACUGGAAACUGGGAGGCACAGCUUAUCCUACAACCUCUCCUGGAGUACUUUAACAGAUCCUUCUCAAAUGUCAUCUCACACUGUCAGGAGGCAGCUCGGACAUAAUUUGCUCUCGUCCUUGAAGUAUGCGUUUAAGGUUGACCUAAGAGAUUCGUCUCUUAGGCCGACUAGAGGCCAUACCUUUCUUUUAACUACUCAAGUUGGUGGGCUUUUACCCAAUGCUUGGAGCCAACGAUUCAUUCGUCAGGAGUUUGAUCUUCGUUAUGCAAUCCCCUUGGGAUUUUACGGGGCUGCAUUGAACUUUGGAAUAUCAGCCGGCAUUUUAGUUCCAUGGAGCAGAGGAUCUCUGAGUAUGUCCUCAUAUUUGCCCGAGAGGUUCUUCAUGGGCGGAAAGACUUCUCCAGUAUGCUCCUUUAGUGGGCCCAUCUCUGUUUUGGGCUUCAAGGCCAGGGGACUGGGCCCCGCAGAGCCUAGGAGAUUUGUGAGAGCUGAUUCUGGUGAUGAGAGUUCUGAUUAUUUUGCAGUAGAUUAUAUUGGAGGGGAUCUUGCUAUGACUGCCUUUGCAGACCUUUCGUUUGAUCUGCCUCUGAAAGGCUUCAGGGCUGCCGGUAUACAUGGGCACGUGUUUGCUUCGACUGGUAGCCUGAACAAAUUGAGUGAGAACGCGUACAAGGAGUUGUCUCUGCAGAAAUUCAAAGAUUCUUUUCGAAGCACUGUGGGAGUUGGACUCAUUGUACCCUUCAAGAAAUUCCGGAUGGAGGUGAACUACUGCCACAUUUUGAAACAGCUGGGGCAUGAUCACGGGAAGAGUGGCAUACAGUUUAGCUUCUCUUUCCCACAUUCUUCUUACGCCCUGCUGUACUAAACUGUGAUUUUAUGUUAUGGAGAGUACCUUAUAGAGGCGGUA